UCGUCAUGCCCCCAGAUGUGGUAGACAGUGUAAGGGAAGCGAAGAACAUUGGAAUGAAAAGAUACACAGUAUUUGUUGACAAGCGAGUGAGGUCACAGGAGGAGGCAUUCACAGCUCCAAUACCACUCACCAGGCUGAAGUUGUUCAAGGCUCCAAUUUCCCAACGAUGCAACAAAUCAGAGGUGGCUGUGGUCAAGGACCAACAAGCAAAAAUGACCCAACUUUUGCUGGCUGUUCAUUCUGGUCGCAAAAUUGAUGAGGGAGUGUUCUCACAUGAAAGUUCUCCCCAUCCACCUUCACUCACUCGGAAGGGAAAAAUGCAUCACGGAAACAAGAGUGAGAUUCUAGAUUGCAUUGUCCCCAGAAAUUUAGACAACCACAGACCUGUGACAACUGCAGCUGUGCUGGAUGGUGCUGUCCUUGUUCAGAUGCUUCGUCCUGGAAGUGCUGUGACCAUUGGACAAUAUUUCACAGAUGUGUUUGCACCAUACAUCCAUUCCUGGUUUGAAAGAAAUGACCGCGUUGACAUUGUCUGGGAUGUGUACUCUAAGACAAGUUUGAAGUCCGGAACUCGGGAGCAAAGAGGCACUGGUGCAAGAAGGAGGGUUACUCUCUCAACCAAAGUUCCUGGCAACUGGGCUUCCUUCCUACGAGUGGAUCUGAACAAGCAGGAGUUGUUCAUGGAGCUAGCCAAAAGCUUGAAGCUCAUGACACUUCCACAGGGCAAGGAGCUCUUCACCACUAUGCUUGAGGACUGUGUAAGUUCACCAGCUGGCAUUGACACUGAUGCACUGGCCCCUUGCACACAUGAGGAAGCCGAUACACGGAUUUUCCUGCAUGUGGCUGCCGCUACUGUUGCUGGACAUCGUCGAGUGAUUGUCCCAGCAGUGAUAGUGAUGUUGUUGUACUGGCCAUUGCCACCUUUGUCGACCUUGGACAGAAGAUCGACAAACUCUGGAUUGCCUUUGGUGUACGGCGCCACUUCAGGUACAUUCCAGCACAUGCCAUUGCUCACAGUCUUGGACCAUCCAAGGAAAUGGCACUGCCAGCAUUUCAUGCCCUAACGGGGUGUGACACUACCUCUGCAUUCUUUGGCAAAGGCAAGAAAACAGCCUGGUCUGUGUGGCAGUCCCUGCCUGAGCUCACCUUACCACUUCAGCUGCUCUCUGGCCCAACCCCCACCACUGAGAUGAUCAGAACCCACACACCCACCCUCCAGAGAUUUGUCCUGAUGCUCUAUGGUGUAUCUGAGGACAACAUCACAACUGUGGAUGCUGCGCGACUCUCCCUCUUCUUCCACAAAGGAAAAGACUUUGACCACAUGCCACCAAGCAGUGAUGCACUCCAUCAGCACCUCCUUCGAGUAGCUUAUCAGAGUGGACAUGUAUGGGGCAAUACACUUGUCAAAGACCAUGCAACAGUAUCGCCGUCUCUAUGGGGAUGGCAGCAGGAUUCCCCAGACUCUCCACCAACUCCUGUCUACACUACAACUGCCACUAUUUCAAAGGACUUGCCAGAACUUGUCAUUUGCAAGUGUAAGACUGACUGUAAGGCACCUUGCAAAUGCUGCAUGCAGAGGCUGCCUUGCAUGUCUCUCUGUGGAUGUCGUGGCUCAUGUUCCCACAGUGGUGCAGACAUCUAAAUAGAAAAUCAUCUUAGUGAUGUAUUUACACUAAACUAUUAGUCUUCAUCACUAGAACAUUGUAGGUAUGGCAUUGCCUACUUCUAAACUGUGAACAUAGUUAUGAACUUGUUGUCUCACUAAUCAGUUCCUUUGCAUCAAUAAUACACAUAUUCAACACUAAGUUGUUAUUUAUUAAAUUAUUAUUAAGUUGUGAAUGGACUGUGUGUUUGGCAUGUGUUUUUUAAUAAAAAAUUGCAUACUUUACCUCCAA